AUGACUAUGCAUACGAGGCGGCACAGUCACUUCAAAGGUUUGAAGGUGAUCAACUUCAGGUUCUCGAGUAAGGUCCUCCAGAAUGAAGUUGACGAGGCAUUCCUUAACAUCCACGUUCAAGAACUCGAGCAGAGGCUUAACGUGACUCUAGGCCCCGAUGAGUAUUUCUCAAUAGGCAUUCAAGUGAACAGGGUCACGAGGAACAGUCAAGGGAGCAAAGCGUCCGUACCAUACACGGAGAGCUCCGUAAAGAUGUCCAGGAAAGAACUGAAGAUCGGCAAGUGGGUCAAGGUGAACGUGACCAACAUGGUGGCAGAGUUUUUCAGGCUGCCGAGGGAGAAUCUAGCAAUAGUUGUGAGAGUACAAGACUCGAAGAAUAGAAUGAGCUUGGUAGUUCCACAUCCGAGCUCAGAAUCAAAUAAUGCAUUGAUGCCAUACAUAGAAGUAAGUCUUAGAGACAAUUCGCACAAACGAACGCGGAGGACGAUCGGCAUGGACUGUACGGAGAAUUCCAAGGAGGUCCGCUGUUGUCGGUACCCGCUGGCCGUCAAUUUUGAGGAAUUCGGCUGGGACUGGAUCAUAGCACCGAAACAGUACGACGCGAACUACUGCAGCGGCGAGUGUCCUUACAGCUUCCUCCAGAAGUAUCCUCAUACCCACAUAGUCCAUUUGGCGGCGCCUCAAGGUAGCGGCGGGCCGUGCUGUGCCCCCAGGCGGAUGAGCAGCAUCUCAAUGCUGUACUUCGAUCACGACCUAAAUAUCAUAUACGGCACCAUCCCAGGAAUGGUCGUGGAGAGCUGUGGGUGCUCAUAG